AUGGCCGGCCGCCGGAAGGUACCUGACCAGGCCCCUGACUGGUUCAAGAAGUGGGGAAGAAGAAGUGUUGAAUUCGUUCCUUCUUCCAGCGCGACAAGUGCUUUUGAAGCACCAAGCGUUGCUGAAGCUCCUGACUUGAACCAAGAUGAGCCUGCCGCUCCUGAGAUUGCACCAGCUGUCGCCCUAGAUGCUGAUAGCAUCUCUAUUCUGGUAAACUUUAGAUCCAGUGGGGGGCACCAGCUUGAUAUCAACACAUGA